AUGGCGAACCAGGCGAAGGGCAAAAAGCCCAUUGCGGUCAUGAACAAAUACGUCUACGAUGGCUUCCUCUGGACUUUCUCCAUACUGGUCGAGCUCUUCUUCCGCGAAGUGCACCCUAGGAGCAGCUGGAAGGUGCCCAAGGAUGGUCCCGUCAUUUUCGUGUGCGCGCCGCACGCCAACCAGUUUGUCGACCCUCUGAUGUUGAUGCGCGUAGUCAAGAAAGAGUCAGACCGCCGAAUUCAGUUUCUGAUCGCCGACAAGUCCAUGAAGAGAAAAUUCAUCGGCGCCAUGGCUGGUUUGACGGGCGUGGUGCCUGUGGGAAGAGCCAUGGAUGCGACAAAACCUGCAAAGGGCAAAAUCUACCUCCCGGAUCCCAUCAACGACCCGUGCCUAAUUCGCGGUGUCGACACAAACUUCGAGGAUCCGCUGUUCAUGGUCGGCGGCUCGCUAGUGCUGCCAAAGGUCGACAACAAGGCGGCUACGGCAGAGAUAUUGGAGAUCAAGGGCCCUGAAGAGAUCAGACUGAAGCGUGGCUUCAAAGGCGGCGUUGCCAUGCAGCAGCUGACUGGAAGAAACGACAUGACCAAGGAUGGCACUUUCAUUGAUGGCGCUUCCGCCAAGAAAGGCGUAGCAGAUGGGUUCGAGGGCAUCAACUUCCUCGUUGCGCCAAAGCUUGAUCAGACGGAGGUUUACGACGCUGUCCACACGGUGCUCCACCACGGUGGAACUAUAGGUAUCUUCCCUGAGGGUGGCAGUCACGACCGGACUGACCUGCUGCCUCUGAAGGCCGGUGUCGCCAUUAUGGCUCUGGGUACGGUAGCGUCGAAACCGGACUGCAACUUGAAAAUCAUUCCCGUUGGCAUGAACUAUUUUCAUGCCCACAAGUUCCGCUCAAGGGCGGUUAUCGAAUUCGGCACUCCAGUUGACAUUCCACCUGAGCUCGCACAGAAGUUCGAAGGACCAGGCAGGCGUGACGCUAUUGGCGAAAUGCUUGAGUCUGUCCGUCAAGCUCUUAUUUCAGUUACUGUUACAACACCCGACUACGAAACACUGCAAGUCAUCCAGGCCGUUCGCCGCUUAUACAACUCCAAGGGCGCCAAGCUCCCACUGCCAAGAAUCGUCGAGUUGAACCGACGACUCGUCAAGGGAUAUGAACGCUACAAGGACGACCCACGCAUCGUCGAGCUCAGGAAAGAAGUGGUUUCCUAUAAUGCUAAGCUCAGGGCUGUCGGACUCCGAGACCACCAGGUACAGUACGCCAAGAUGCACCCGCUGAAAGCCUUCUUCACAUUCUGGUACCGCCUUAGCAAGCUGCUUAUCUUGACCCUGUUCGUCUUGCCUGGCACCAUGCUGUUCGGUCUAGUCUUCAUUGCAACCAAGAUGAUCUCCAUCAAGAAGGCACAGGAAGCACUUGCUGCUUCGAAUGUCAAAGUACAGGCUCGAGAUGUCAUGGCUACCUGGAAACUCCUCGUUGCAAUGGCCGUAGCUCCCACAGUAUAUAUGUGGUACAUCGGUCUCGGUCUUUUCUGGUAUUCGCGCAACAACUGCAAUGGCUACCUCCCUCCAGGAAUCCAAAAGCGCUACCUAGUCAUUAUACAAGCCAUCAUCUACCCAACAGUAACCUAUGCCGCACUCCGCUUCGGCGAGGUCGCAAUGGAUAUAUUCAAAUCGCUGGGUCCCCUGUGGAAAAUGAUGAACCCGUUCUCAUCGACCGAACUCGUCAAAAUCCAACAACGCCGCGAAAACCUCGCUCACCGCGUCAAUGAACUCAUCAACGAGCUCGGUCCUGAAAUGUUCGACGACUUCUAUAGCAAACGGAUCAUCCAGGACCCUUUCAUCGCCGAAGAAGAAGUAGAGGCAGAAACGCCCCUUACACCGUCCCGCAAAACACGGGCCGAAGCGGAUGCAGAGGCGCCUCAAAAUAUCGAAACAUACGACUACCCCACCUCCCCAGGCACAGAAAACGAGAUUCCGCGCAACGAGUCCUUCCACGACCUUGCGAACCAGGAUAUCUUCUCUACACGCCCGCCUACGCCGAAGAAGGGGAGGAGCAGGAACAGCAGUUCUGCAAAUCUAGGCUUCCAGCUCAAGCCGUUCAGUACAAUUGACGGCAAUCUGGAUGAGGUGAAGAAGCGGCUCAAAGACGGCGUCCGGGAUCGCAGGAGCAAGCGCAGGAGUAGUGGGGCGAACAGCCUGCAUGGAGACGGAUUCGAAAGCGACAGGAGUAGCGAAGCGGGAGAUGUCGAGGGACUAACUAUGACGAAGAGGAAGGAUAGGUGA